AUGGGGCAAUAUUGGUCGUCGUGGUCCCACGAUUUGGUCUUGUACAAUCCGGGGAAGCCUCCCGACGGGGUUCCCUUUCGCUGGUUAUAUAUCAGGGGAUAUUUUGGCGCUUGGACUGUCGACUCCGUGGAGAACUUCUUCGUUGAUUAUACAAACCCUGAAGGUCUCUUGAAUGAACUACGCAAGUUCGAUAUGGUUGGUUUGGUUGUUGAUCCUUAUAAGACGGGGCCACCGAGUCUACAAGAACUUUAUAUCAUCGGCGAAGAUGAAAUUUGCGACUCUAUAGUCUCUCGGCCUUAUACUCGGCUUUGGGCUAUAUACCCGGCAAGAUAUAAAGGAUUUGUACCAUACUACGUUGGCUGCGAUAAGUUUCAGGUUGAAACGUUCCAAAGGCCGAAGCGCCUCGACCUUCAAAGUCCAGAGAGAGUUCGGGAUCUGGAGAAUCUUGAUAUAGGGUCGCAGGAUUGGAGCCUCGCGUACAAAAAGAGCGUGUAG